CGAUAGUAUUUCUGGACUAUCGAUUGUUUACCAAAUUGCAAAAAGCUAUAGGAGAUGGCCGAGAAACAUGUAUUGGGAGUAUCCGUUGAUGAUAUCUGGGGCAUACCUGCAAUAUGGAAAAGUAUUUAGUAACAUCAGCUCCUCUCAACAAUACUAGCGACACAAAUGCUGCGGUUCCGAUUGAGCAGCAAAGCUACAAGCGCAAGAGGAACGCCUCGGAAGUUUGGACUCAUUUCGAAAAAUGUAAAAAUAAUUCUACGGCCAAAUGCAAGGUAUGUGGAAAAGAAUAUAAAAGGAGCGGGAAUACAUCCAACUUAAUGGAUCAUCUGAAGCGUUCUCACUCUACCAGGCAAAUCUUGCUUGAUAAAUCUCUAGCCAAGAUGGUAGCAAGAGACGUUCACGCUUACAGAAUUGUAGAAGACCUUGGAUUUCAGGAGUUCGUCCACUUGCUAGAUCCGAAAUACAAGAUGCCAAGUCGUACCACGCUCCAAAAUGUGUAUAUCAAAAAUAUGAACCAAUUCGUGUUCAAGCUUUGAAAAACGUUCUUAAUGACAUUGAUUAUUGUUCAUUAACUUCAGAUCUAUGGACUUCCCAAAGCAAUAUAAGUUACAUUACAGUUACAUGCCAUUUUGUACAAAAUUCUUGUCUUAAGUCCGCAGUACUCUCAACCAGACCGCUUAAUAAUGAAACAAACCAUGGCAGUCAAAAUAUAGCAGAGACUAUUAAAGAGAUUGCUGAUGAGUGGCACUUAUAUCCGAAAAUCGUUACUAUUGUAACUGACA